AUGUUCGAUGCUCUACGCUCACGAAUCAACGUUCCCAAAGCCGUAGGCUUUGUCGGUGCUGCGUAUUUCGUCAGGAACUAUAUCUCUGACCGGCUAGAGGAUGUAAAAGAGCAGAUGGACCAAGAACGCGUGGCUCGUGAAAAUCUCAAGCGUCGCUUCUUCCAAACGCAAUCCGAUAUAUCCUACACCGUACUAAUGCUCUUGCCUGCUCUGUCUGAGCAAAUUCUGCGCGAAAUGGAUGUCGACUCCAUAACGCAGGAACUGCAAGCGCAUUCAAAGGCGCGAUUAACGGCUUCUACAUCAUCUUCACUUGCCAAUAGCCUCGAAAUGCCGAAUCCAACACGUCCCGAGUCACGCUCGGAGUCCGAAACGUCGUAUACUGGAUCAAUGUCGACAACAAGUUGGGUCGAAACGAGCCAGAUUGGAGAGAGUCGGGAGAUGAUCUUGGGAGAGUCUGUAGCGCCGCUACAGCUCAGCGAUUCGCUACUAACGACAACAUCAACCGAUACCGACUCGAGCUCUAAUGUGAGCUUUCAAGGGUCUGCUGUCGACAGCGCAAGUGGCUCAGAAUCUUCGCGACCAACGAAGGCAGAACUGUGGAACGAGCUAAAAAUGCUCACAUUCACAAGAACCCUCACGACCAUGUACACCACGACCUUACUUUCACUUCUCACUGUCAUUCAGCUUACGCUGCUCGCUCGCAACAGAUAUGUGCGCUCUGUCGUUGAACUCGAAAAGCAACAACGAUUGCAACAUUCCUUCAUGCCCGAUUUGAGCAUGAUCAUCGGCCUGGUGGGAGGAAUGGAGUCGCUUAUGGGCGCAAUUCCGGGGAUGGAAGAGGAGGGUGACCAUGCCGCCGGUUUCAAGCUACCAACUGAGGAUAACGAGGAGGAAGACGAGAUUGCUUCAGCAAAAUAUCUAACUCUGACGUGGUGGAUUUUGCACGUUGGCUGGAAAGAUGUUGGUGAGCGGGUGCGCAGAGGGGUCGAGGAAGUUUUUAGUGGGGUUUCUCUAAAGACAAAACUAUCGCCUUCCGACCUCCAUCGUCUCAUGUACGAUGUCAGGCGUCGCGUGGAGCACGAGGUGACAUUUGAAGGCACAGAGCGUAAAGCCAACUUCCACACAACCCUACUCCCGCAAACUCCCGAAACAACACAACAUGUGUUGACACAAGGGGGCUACUCUUCUCGCCUUCUUUCAGCCACAUUCUCCCCAGGUCAACCAGAUCCAUUCACCGCACUGCUCAACGAGACCCGUGACCUCGUCUCUUCAUCAGACUUUGCUUUCGUGUUCGAAGCUUGUCUCGACCAUGCAACCGAUGUCUUGCUGACCUCCGUUGAGAACGCCGUCUUUGCGCCGUCAGCAGACACAGUUGCUCCUGGCGAGGAAGUGCGGAUACGGUUGGCCGGGCUACUCCCUGGCCUUGCGCGUUGGAGUGAUCUGGCGUUGAACGGAGUGCCCAAUGAGUUGGUUGAUAACAUUUUGGGGGUUCGGCAGGUAUCGGCGUUGAGUGCCAUUCGUGCCGAAGAUCCAUCAGCCAGCAAGACGCCGCGAAAGAGAUGGCCGCCAGCGUUUGCCAAUUAA